AUGGAGUGAAAUAAAACUCUUAUUCAUUUUUAGAUUGCAAGGAAAAAAAAAUGAGAGAGAAAGGGCGUGAGAGAGUGAGAGGAGGCGACCGAAGGACUACGGCAAGAAGGACAACACAGAGCAGAGGGCGUGGAAGAUCUGUAGAGGCAAAAAUGGAGGUGCGAGAUCAGAAAACUACUCAAGGAUUUGAACCGAAACCUCAAACCAAGAGCUAUGUUCAAGUGGUGAAGAGCCAACAGGAGAAAGAAUCAGAGGAGAAGGGGAGUAAGCAAUUCAUGGGCAAGAGUGCUAAUUGGGCUGGAUUUGAAUACAAUGUUAACCCAGGAGAGUAUGCAUGGCUUGAUGGAUGUUAUGUAGGAAUCAUUUACUCAGUGGAAAUGGUUCAAAAUUUGGAGGAAAAAUUUUACAUGGAAGGGUAUUUUGCAUGCCCAAUCCGUGCUAUGGGGGGAAAAUUGGUGCUACUUGAUUGUGAUGACAAAAAUGAGCUGAAAGAUUUGGUGGAGUCGGCAUUAGAGUGGUUAGGACAAUGGUUUGCAGAAGUGAAACCAUGGUCACUGGAAAAGGUUGCGGAUGAAAGAUCAGUGUCAGAUCAUUGUUCGCUGGUACUGAAGAAUGAAAAAGUAGAUUGGGGACCAAAGUCGUUUAAAUUCUUUGAUGCGUGGCUGGAGCGACUUGAAUACAAGGAGCUAAUAAGAAAGGCAUGGAAUUCUAUAGUGGAAGAAGGGAGAAAGGGAUUCAGACUAAAGGAGAAAUUGAAAGGAACUAAAAAAGCCUUGAAGGAGUGGAGUGGCAACCACAUGUCGAAAUUAGAUUGCAAGAUAAAGGAAGCUGAAAAGAUGAUAGCUACUCUGGAUGAGAAAGGACAAAUUCAGAAAUCAAGGAAGAUGUGGCUAAGAGAUGGGGAUGCUAGCACAAAAUUUUACCACAACUGUGUGAAGGGAAGAUGGAGAAGAAAUGAGAUAAACAACAUCCAGGUUAAUGGGAAACAGCUUCGGGAAGUGGGUGAGUUAAAAGGAGUGGCAAAAUAUUUUCAAGAUCUGUUCACAGAAAAUAACUGGCUAAGACCAAAGCUGGAUGGAAUCAACUUCAAACAACUAUCCCAUGCAGACAAUGAAACCCUUAUGGCUGAGUUUUCAGAGGAAGAAGUUAAAAAUGCAGUGUGGGAUUGCGAGCCAACAAAAUCCCUGGGGCCUGACGGGUUUAAUUUCAAGUUUAUAAAGGCUAUGCCAAUCUCGCUCAUUGGAGUCAUGUACAAGAUUCUGGCAAAGUUGUUAGCUAACCGACUGAGGAAAGUACUGGAUAAGAUCAUCGGGGAGCAACAGAUGGCAUUCAUUAAGGGCAGAAAGUUGCUGCAUGAGGUGAUCAUUGCUAAUGAGGUCAUUGAGGAGGCAAAGAGAAAGAAGAAAAACAGCUUUCUACUCAAGGUGGACUUUGAAAAAGCUUAUGACAAGUUCUCGGUUAGUAAAGGGAUAAGGCAAGGUGACCCACUAUCUCCCUUCUUGUUUUUAAUAGUAGCGGAGGGUUUGAAUGGCUUAAUGUUAUCUGCGGCGGAUAAGAAUCUUUACAAGGGGGUGAGGAUUGGAAACGAAGAUGUGAUGGUUUCCCACCUCCAGUUUGCAGAUGACACAAUAUUUUUUAGCGAAGCAUCAAAGGAAAACAUUCAAGUUAUCAAAUGCGUUCUGAGGACCUUUGAGCUAGCAUCGGGACUUAAGAUUAACUAUGGUAAAAGUCAGCUAAUGGGUAUCGGGGUUGAGGAAGAUUGGAAAAAGAGAAUGGCAUACACUCUUCACUACAAAGAAGGUGAGCUUCCUAUCAAGUAUCUGGGAAUUCAAAUUGGAGGGAAUCAUAGAAAGCUAACAAUGUGGCAGCCACUGGUGAACUCUUUCAAAAAGAAGCUAGCAAGUUGGAAGGGCUGGGAUUUAUCAAUGGGUGGUCGAAUCGCGCUCAUAAACUUUGUGUUGUCCAGCUUAACAGUGUUCCAGAUGUCAGCCUACCUACUUCCCAAAGGUAUUCUCUACUCUUUAGAUAAAAUUCGUAGAAAUUUUUUAUGGGGAGGGGAGGGAGAGGGAAAGAAAAUCAAUUGGGUUAGUUGGGAGAGGGUAUGUAGAUCGAAGGAGGAGGGAGGAUUAGGAGUAAAAGACUUGAAGAAGUUUAAUGUGGCAUUGAUGGGAAAAUGGUUGAGUCGGUUAGCAAAUAUGGAAGAAGGCUUGUGGAAGAGUGUCAUUGUAGGAAAAUAUGGAGCAAAAGGGGGACACUGGCUGGAUUGGGUGCGUGAUGGCAAGAACAUAGGAUCGAUAUGGUGGAGAGACGUCCAAAGACUCAAAGCCGGGGAGGGAGUGAAUGUGAGAUGGUUGUGGGAGGAUUUUAGGUUGAAGAUAGAGGAAGGGAGAGGUGUUAAAUUUUGGUGGGAUACAUGGCUGGGUUUCCACCGAACCCAGCCUUGCUGGGUUCGUCGACCAACCAAGGCUGGGUUCAUCGGAACCUAGCAAAUCUAGGUUUCGACGAACCCAGCCUUGUUGGGUUUCGUCGAACCCAGCUUUGCUUGGAAAGCUGGUUCUUGUUUUUUCAUUCUUCUUUUGAUUUCCAUUUCUAGUUGUUAAUAAAUUUGGAGAUUGAUU